AUGGGGCUCCUCUCCGGAUUGAUCAUUCUUCUUGACCUUCCACAUUUCUGGAUAAAGUUGAUUUUCCCAACAGCUUCCUACAUGCCAACAUGGGCGCUGCUCUGUACAAAAUCUGCUCCGAAGCUAGCUCUAUUUUUGUUAUUAGCGAAUCUAACGCCUGGUCCAGCGUUCUGGUACCGGUACUUCAGCCUCCAGGACAAGCAGUGCACGAACCACUUUUCUAGAGGCAAACUGGCAAGCAAGGCUACGAUCUCGGGGAUGCAACUCCAUGCGUAUGCCACAAUUAGCCUAGGCCCUGUCACAGUCAGGGUUACUCUCUCAGCUGUCAAAGACGUGCGCAUGCAAACGAGGCAAGCGAUCAUUUUGCCCCUGAACACAACCAACCAACCCCAUGCAAUGAUAACAUUGCCGAGAUGUAAGAAAGAAAAGACAAUCUUGCUGUUCGAUGGCUGUCACGAAAGCAAGGGCUCCUCAAUCAGCUCCAUUGAAACACGGUGA